UGCCAGUUCUCAGAAGCAAGACUUCAGGCUAGAACAACAAAAAAGACCUAUUACAGAGCAAUCAGAGAUUGUCAGAAUUUCAACAAUCAAGAGAGUGUCCAGGUGUCCAGAUUAUGUAGUUGUGGUAAGUGAAUUUUUCAAAAAGGUGUGUCCAGAGCUUGUUGAUUUAGAAAUGCAUACAUUAGGCUAUAUAUACACCUCGAUCUACUGUACGAGAUUCACAACACCAAGCUGAGAAAGACUUGUCAUUUCUCUGAAACAAGAAAUUUACACUUGAACAAAACAGGGGAAGAGUUGGCAGAGCAAUCAGAGUGAAACAAGGCUUCAGGUUCGGGGCAAAACAUGGCUACAGAAAGAUACAAGAUCUUCAAUGACUCUGUCCAUGGCCAUAUAAAGAUGCAUCCACUGCUGGUGGACAUCAUUGACACACCAGAGUUUCAACGCCUGAGGAACAUCAAGCAGAUGGGAGGAAUCUAUUAUGUCUUUCCAGGAGCUUCUCACAACCGCUUUGAGCACUCCCUCGGUGUGGGUCAUCUGGCAGGGGAACUCGUACGAAGUCUGAAAGCUCAACAACCUCAAGAAGUUCAAGAAGCUGAAAAAAUAACUAGUAUUGAUAUGUUUUGCGUUCAGAUUGCAGGAUUGUGUCAUGACCUGGGUCAUGGCCCGUUCUCACAUUUAUUUGAAGAAGUCGUGAAGGAGCUAGCAGAGAGAAUGAAGGUCUCAGAAACAGGAGAAAGUGAAACUACAGAAGCUUUAAAAAACUGGAAGCAUGAAGAACAAUCAGGCAAAAUGUUUGAACAGCUGAUCAAAAAUGGCAUUAAGGAGAAGAUGAAGAAUGGACAUUAUAAAGAUGAACAUAAUGAAGGCUUAGAAUUUCAAGACAAAGACUUCGAGUUCAUCCAUGAGCUUAUUGAAGGAACACGACCUUCUACUGACUCACUCAACAGAGAAAGACAUGAGAGAAAGUCCUACUUGUAUGAGAUUGUGGCCAAUAAAGAGACAGGUAUUGAUGUUGACAAAAUGGAUUAUUUCAGUAGAGAUUGUCACCAUGUGGGGAUGAAAAGCAACUUCUCACAUGAGCGCUAUGUGAUGUUCGCACGAGUUUGCACCAACGAGAAAAAUGAAACGCACAUCUGCACAAGAGAUAAGGAAGCGAUAAACAUGUAUGAACUCUUCCAUAAUCGAUAUCUGCUUCACUACAAUGUCUGCCAGCACAGAGUUAAGGUGGCAAUAGAAACAAUGAUUGUUGAUGCGCUUUUGGCAGCUGAAGGUCACUUUAAGUUGGGUGACAAGACAAUCUCUGAGGCAGUUAUAGACCCUAAAACAUACCUGAAACUCACAGAUGACAUUCUUCGGGAAAUCAUGAGGUCAACAGACAACAGUCUCAAAACAGCAAGGAAAAUUAUUAGGAGAAUUGACAAGCGCAAGAUUUACAAGUUUGUCGGUGGCAAAAUAUUCCAGAAAAAGGAUGUGAAACAUUUGGACAGUGCUGAAAACCGGAAAGCAGUGGUAAAGAAGUGGCUGGAGCUUAUUCAAAAAGGCUCAACAAGACCUUGCAAGUGCAAGUGCAAGAAAUGGCAGGAGUGGUUCAAGAAGAAACAAAUCAGUGAAAGCAAAUUUUUUGUCAAGCUUGUCAGAUUGAAUUAUGGAAAGGACGACAAAGAUCCAAUCAAAUCUCUUGGAUUCUACAGGAAGAACAAGCCACACAAAUCAGUGAAACUGUCCAGAAAUGAGGUUUCAUUCAUUCUGCCCACAAUCUUUGCCGAAAUCAAGGUCAUGCUGUUCUACAAAGGUAAUGGAAAGCUUCCAAAAAACCCACCCAUCAGAGAAUUCUGGGAGUUAGUGGAGAAGGAUGAUGUAAGGGAAGACUCAAGUGAUGAAUCAUGUGAGGAUUCCAGCGAGGAAUCGAGUGAAAAUUCAAGUGAUGAUGAGUAGCAGGAAGAAGUCUACUCUAUAAUGUUCGUGAAAAAAUUUGAGUUGAAAAAAAAGAGUUUAUUUUGACUUGGCUAAUGUGGAGAAAAUAAACUCACUUGUGCAUGGUGGUUGCAGGAAUAUUGAUCUAAAAUUCAUAUAGUGUGCAUUUGAUUUUCUGUACAUGUAGGGUAGGUUUCUUUUGGGGAUUUUCUGUAACUUUUGAUGUAGUUGACAUUGUGAAUGAUUUUGGUACUUCACACAUUUUGGUACACGGUUUAUUAUAAAAGAAUGAUCAAGAAUAACUUAGUAAUCAUUGUGUUAUACAUUAAGAGGGUUACAAGUCAAAGCUUAUAAAACUAAGCAUGUUUUUUUCUGUUAUCUCAAAUUUAUGGCUAUGUUUCAACUUUUAUUUCAUGUACUUAUCUUAGGGGAUUGUGGCAUCUGAAUUACAUAUUAGCAUAAGUAAUAUAAUCAUGUUUCAUUUAUAAGUCACAUGCUAUGGUUUGAUCUGUUUUUUGGUUGUUGUUGUUUUUUUGGGGGGUGGGGCAUUUUUUUGUUUUAGAUUUUAGCAUAUACAAAGUUAAACGAAAUAAAAAGUUUAAGACACCGGUGAUUGGCUGUGUGAUGAAAGAAUUGUGUGAUUAAAAAAAUAUCUUAA